CCAAACACAGUGUGUAGUCUGCUUGCCAACAGUCUGGGAACAGUUCAAUCAAAACAUUUGACAACAAUGCAUGUCUUUGAAAGCGUCAGAAAUGUUAAUGAGAUAGUUUAGUAAUUUAGUUUUAAUUAAAGUUGGAAUCUAUAUAUUUCUCAUUAAAAUUACAUUUUAUUUUAUUCAACUUUUCCAAUUUUAAAAUGACAGACGUAGAAAAUCGCACAUAUUUUGGUCUUGACUUCAGUACUCAACAGUUAAAAGGUGUGAUUGUCAAUGAACAGUUGGAAAUACUACAUGAAACCAAUGUAGUGUUUGACAGUGCUUUGCCUGAGUUUAGAACCCACAACGGUGUAGUGAGACAAGACAAGCAGACGGUAACGGCGCCGGUAUUGAUGUGGACAAAGGCCUUGGACUUGUUGAUGGACAAACUGAGAGUGAGUGGAGCGGACUUUUCACAAGUGGCUGCUCUCUCCGGGACCCGCCCAACUAGUUGCAAUAAUGUUGUUUUUCAGCAACAUGGCACAGUUUACUGGCAAUCAGGUGCUGAGGAGACACUGAAGACCCUGGACCCAGACAGUUUUCUACACACUCAACUGGCAUCUGCCUUCUCUGUGUCCAGCAGCCCUGUGUGGAUGGACUCCAGCACUACCCAGCAGUGCAGGCAACUGGAGGCGGCUGUGGGGGGUCCCCAGAAAUUAGCUGAAAUCACAGGAUCACGUGCUUAUGAGAGAUUUUCAGGAGCUCAAAUAAUGAAGAUUAUCCAAACAAAGCCUUCUACAUAUGCAAAUACUGAGAGAAUUUCAUUAGUAAGCAGUUUUGCUUGCUCGCUGUUUUUGGGCAAAUAUGCUCCAAUAGAUUGGUCGGACGGGUCAGGCAUGAAUCUUCUUGAUAUCCACAGCAAGCAGUGGUGUCCUGCAUGUCUUAAGGCCUGUGCUGACGACCUAGCCACUAAGUUGGGUGAACCGGUGUGUUCUUAUUCCGAUUUGGGCCCAGUUAGUGAAUACUGGGUGGAAAGGCAUGGGUUUGACCCUAACUGUCGGGUGAUUACCUUCACUGGUGACAAUCCCGCUUCUUUGGCUGGUAUGCAGCUACAUACAGGAGAUAUAGCUGUCAGUUUGGGAACAUCCGAUACUUUGUUUCUCUCUUUGACCCAACCCACUUACCUCUCAGAGGGCCACAUUUUGGUGAAUCCAGUCAAAAGUGAUGCUUAUAUGGCUCUACUCUGUUUUAAAAAUGGCUCACUGACUCGAGAAAGAAUUCGAGCUUCAACAAGUGAAGGUUCUUGGGACCAGUUCAACAAUCAUUUGAACAACACUCCACGUGGAAACUUUGGAAACUUUGGUCUGUAUUAUGAUGCCCAGGAAAUAAUUCCUUUCGUCCAAGGUGAUUUCAGAUGGGAUAGAGCAAAUAAUGCUGUUACUAAGUUUAACAACGAUACAGAAGUCCGAGCUCUUUUAGAAGGCCAAUUCAUCUCUAAGAGAGCACAUGCAGAAGACAUGGGCUUUGUUAUAGGCAAGGACACCAGAGUACUUGCUACUGGUGGAGCAUCCAGUAAUAUUCACAUACUUCAAGUUUUGGCUGAUUGUUUUAACACUAAUGUUUACACUCUGGAAGCAGCAAACUCUGCAGUUCUAGGAGCUGCAUAUCAAGCCAAGCAUGGACUGCUGCAUGGUGCAGGAAGUAGCUUCAGUGACAUCACAAAAUGCCUGCCCCAGCCCGUCCUGGCUUGUAGUCCUUAUGCGGAUGCUGAUCAGGUAUACAGGCCUAUGAUGGAGAGGUACCGCAAAUUCAUACAAGAGAUUCAGAAAUCCAUAUAAUUUUGAAGCUCGUCCAAUGACAUGCUUCUAACAUAAGAGUGCCUGCCUUCACACAAAUACCAUUGUUAAGUUAUAAGUAAACUUAGGAUUGACAAUCCAGAGCUUCUUAGUAAAUACUUGAUGUGAUUUUGAAUCUUGUGGUUAUAAGAUUUAGCUAUAUUAUUAGCUAUAUACAUAUAAAACAAAAGUAAUAUUUACACAUUUUUUGCAACAAUCUCAGUAAAAAUACAAUUUAUUAGUUUAAUUUAUAUUUUUACUUGUUUCUCUUCAGUUGAGUUGUUGUUUAAUUGUACAUUACUAUACUUGUCUAUAGUAAUUAAUGAAAAUAUUAAUGAGUUAUGUUUUCAGAGGUUAAC